AGAACUGAAAGCUAGCGAACUCUAUUGAAUACAGUACCCAAAAUGCAACGCGUAUCUUGAGCCUACUGCGCAUGCUCACACCGAUUUUGUAAUAUCUGCUUUUCUUCCCCAAAUGUAAUCGUUCAGGUUGCAAUAAUGCAGCUAGAUAUGAACGGUACUUUAUCCGUCCAUGAUUUUGGCACUGUAAACCGACGUUGACAUUUUUGCAGGCGGCGAGACCGCAUCACUCAGCAACGAAGGGUUUCUUUUCCUUCGCCGCACUAGCUAGUUAGGUAUCCUCCACCCAUGUUGAAGCAAGGAAUUAUGUUGUAACGUUAUUUCUGUGGCAAACAACAGUUGUAAACUGUCAGUCUGGUGAAUGAGUUAAUGGACUGAACGGUAAAGCGAAUUGGGGAGUUAACGUAGCUGUCAACAACUUUGACUUUGUAACGCGUUAGCUAACUAGAAGCUAGCUGGCUAGUUAGCCCUGACAAGAAGACAAACAUGUGGCAAAGCGUUGGUCUAACUGUGCUGGUUAUUGUGGCCACCCUUGUGUGCGCGUUGCUCUUCAUGGUGUUUGGUUGGUAUGUUGUCUGGCAGCUCUUCCUGUCCAAGUUCAAGUUCCUGCGUGAGAUGUUGGGCGACACCGGAUCUCCACAGACAGAGACCCAGCCGUCCGAAUCAAAGAGCAAGCGUACCUCUCCUCCAACCCAACGCCAGAGGCGUCAGAGGGUCAUUCCUCCUGAAAGCACUACAUAGAUGACCACACCCAUCCGCUAUCAGUCUCACCCUGUCCCCCUAUUCACCAACCCUCGUCCCUCUAGGAAACCGUGGUGGACAAAAUGAAACCCCUUACUAAAUGGCAUGAUGUCGAAUGUCAUACUAUUCCAAUGUCCAUGCAUACUACUCCCCUUUCCACUACCUUACGACGUCCUCGUCGUAGACACUUGAUACUCUACUUUUCUCUCCUGGACACUCUUACUAGACUACGCAUAGCUGCUGAUGUUAUAAAGGCACAAGCCAUCAAAUCAUGGGACGUUCUGUGUACAACUUUUUCACAUUUCAAAUAUGUAUUUUAGCUGUUCACAGUAUAUGUACUGAGCAGCACGUCCAGUCUCUUCACCUGGCCUUAACUGACACUGCAACAUGGUCAGCUCUGACUGGCUGACACUGCAAUAUGGUCAGCUCCCACUGGCUGUCAUGCUGCUAACACCUGCACAGGGAAUCGCUGCUAACACCUGCACAGGGAAUCUGUUUCUCCAUGAUCACACAAGUGAAUUCUCUGUCAUGACUGUGUAUGUGUGCAUUUUGAGAGUUUGUUUAUUUGAACAUACAUGUUUUUGUAGCAAAGCCUAUAUACUGACAAAUCUAGACAAACUGUUGUAUAAAACAGGCUCAUUUGUUAGCAUUUGCUUUCAGAAGCAAACAACUGCUAGAAGAAAAAAAACGGAAUGAAACAAUUUGUAUAACUGACAAAGUUCCUCGUCGUGUUCAUUUCACUUUAUUUGUAACCAAAGUGCAAUGAAAGGAAUGUUUAUUUUUGUGGUUAUUUUAUUGUUGGUCAGAAAUUAAUACAUAUACAGUGCAUUCAGAAAGUA